UCGGAUAUUGAAAACAGUCACAGGAGCAGGCAAGAUUUGAUAAAGAUUAACAAAAUAAUCACUGUCAGCAACAAAGUCCACCCCAGCGAAAGUGCUUGAGCUGUUGCUUGUCAUGGAAAAGGAUUUGGAAAGGAAACCGAUUGUUACGCAUCAUGGGGAUCAGGAGCUCUUUUCUUCCAUUCGAGUUGAGUUGUUCAACACUUUACCCAGAGAUCCCGUAGAAUGGCGAAGAUCAUAUGGGAGGGCUCCGAAGUUGGUGUACGUUGAUGUAGCUUUUGUUCCCUUCAACACAGAGGAUCUAGCCAAAGAAAAUGAGAGAACUCUCUUCAGAAAGCCAUGCUUUCAUAUCUACUUCACUGACUGUGCAGACGCAGAUGCAUAUAAGUUGGUUGUUAAGGACGGCAUUGCUGCAUGGCAACAGAGCUUGAAGGAACGCAAUAUUACUGAUUGGUUGAUUGUCCUAGUGGAGACAGCCAAUCUGAAGAGAGGAAAUAAAACCAAGCUACUACCGAGGACUUCAGUUCUUGAUAAGAUUCGAAGUGAUUUUUGUAGUAAACAAACAGAUAGAGUGAUUGUUCUGAAUGAGCCAAAUAAUCCAGUACCAACCAAUCGCUCUUUGGAGUCCUGGCAGUUGUUUAUUCAUCGGUUGAGACAGCUUUUACUCUCUGCGUACAGUCGUCUAUUGAAUCGCUUUGAGGAGUUGGUUCGUGCAGAGAGAGAACGCCGUAAUGAUAAAGGCUGGGAAUUUUGCAACUACUUUGUUCUGCAGGAAGAGUUGGCGUUUACCUUUGAGUUACUCCAUCAACAUGAGGAGGCACUGGUACAAUAUGAUGAGCUGGAUGCUCUGUUCUCCCAGUUUAUCAUCAACUCUCAUGCUGGAGACAGUCCCACAUGGCUCUCCACAUUUAUCGCUCCAUGUACCUGCUGGGAUGGUCUCAACCUCCUCCCCAGUGUUGUAAAGAAUAAGCGUGUCUUGAUGGAAAAUGGGCGCGCAGCCCUGUUGGAUUUGCGUAACUACCUGUUCGCUCGUCAGUGUGUUCUACUCUUCACCUUGAAGAGACCAUGGGAAGUUGCCCUUCGAGCUCAGACAUUCUUGCACAACUGUGUUCAGGAGUUGAAAAUAUUGGAGGUAUCCAUGCCAACAGGCAGUAUUGCAUGCUGGGUAUUUCUGAGUUGUCUGGAAGUGUUACAGUCUUGUGAGAAGUAUACUGACUCAUCUAACGUAGAGAACUACUCACACUACACAGCGAGUCUAUGGGUGUACGCUCAAACCAAGUUACGAGAGUUGGGUGAGUUAUGCGGAUUAAUGCCUGAUGCUCAGCCAGACUCAGACCAGCUUCAUCUUGUCGUCGGGUUACUCGGUGGGAUGGGGCAGACUCAAGAGGCGAGUAUUCGAGAGAACAGUCCAAAUCAGAAACUCAGAGAAGCUCUUAGCUCAUCAGAAUCAUUCCAGAAACAUUACUUGGAGCUAUCAGAGUUAGCCAUGGGUACCUUUAAACACAUCAAACGAAUGCGAUCUGCUCGGCUUAUUGGCAAAGACUUGGCCACAUUCUACAUGAAGAAGGGUGAGUUGACCAAAGCAGAGACAUUCCUUAUUGAUGCAGUUCGUAUAUAUGAGAAAGAAGGUUGGCAUCUACCCGCUGGAAACACUCGUAAAGAGAUUGCAAAGUGCCAGAAAGAACUCGGCAACAAACACAAGUAUCUGAAGACAUGUUGUCUGUUAGCUGGAGACUGCGCUGUACUUGAAGAUGAACGAGUAGAAUACUGCAAGGAGAUGUUGAAGAUUGCCAGUGAACUUGUCGAGGAGGCAAGCCCAGAUGACCAACCAUUGAAAGGAGAUUUGCUUCCAUUACAUUCCGUGGCAUAUUUGAUCAAUAUUGACAUCAAGCCAGAAGAGGGAAAACUUGGGAAGAACGAAGAGGCCGAAGUCACUCUGUGUAUUCACAGUAACCUACCGCAAACAAUCGCCUUGGACAACAUCACGCUGAGUUUCAAUCGUGAGAGUCAAGACAACGAUGACCAAUCAAAUCAACUCGCACUCCCAAAGAGCCAAUCACAGAGCAGCUUCAAAAGUCUCUCACCAACGUUUGACCAAUGGGGAAUGCUGACAGACAGCUACUUAAAAGCUGUCUUCCUUAACAACCAGCAGACCAUGAUUCCGGAGCUAGUGGGGGAUAUCCGUUACCAAGCCAACAGUAACAAACGUGUGAUUGAAACUACAGCAAUUGUCUGCAAAAAUGCUCAGGUUGUCUUGAGACGUGAAGACAGUUCAUCGUCUCUUGGGAAGGCUCUUGAGAUCUUACAGAAAGAAGAGUGCAGCCAUCCUCUUCAUUUACAAAGCGUCGAGCUUAAACCGGGAAACAAUACUUUCUCAUUUACGUUUAAGGCAUCUGAUAAUGGAGUGUAUUCCUGCAGGCAGUUAAUUAUAAAGCUUGGAGAAGUGGAGUUUUUAUUACCCACCAUGCAGGUACCAGUCACAAUAGAAGUAUCUAGCCCUGAUCCACAGCUCACUGUCACACCCAAAAAUGGCACAGUCCUCCUAGCAGGUAUUCCACAAGAAAUCUACCUGAGUAUUUUCACCGGCCACUUCACCGUCAAUUCACAGGAUACGUUAUCUAUCCAGACACUGGGACGACUCCAUGCCCUACAUUCUGACGAGGCAGAUGGAUACAGCGUUGUGAAUGUAGAUGGUGGUGCUACGGUCACCCUUCCUGAGAUCCUUGCAUUCCAGAGUAAGGAGUUUAUAUUGAGGGUGAUGACAUCACUGCUUGAUGCCGGGACGACCAAUGAGCAGGAAGAGGAAGAAGAACUGACAGAACAAAAGAUGACUGUGUGGUGCCCAUGGUCAGAGACUGUUAUAGCAACCCUGACGUUCCAGCAACCAUUUCAUAUCAAACAUCAGCUUCACACAGCAGGGCAGAGGAAACUUAUACAACUGUCUGUAGAGAACAUUUGUAGCAUGCAGUUCAUAUUAACAUCACCAGAGUUGAUUGUGACAUCAGGUGGCCAGGUGCAACUAACAUGCGUCAACAACAAAAACGCAAACUCUACACUGUGUGCAGGACAAACAAUGUCGUAUGUGUGGUUCCUAAUCAAUAAGCAAGGGGAGACCGAUGAAAUUGUCUUUCGCUUCAACUUGAUGUACACUGCGCUGGGAGAGACAGAGGGGGUGAUAAACGGUGAGGGGGAUACAGUGGCGAACCAGGAUGGGGAACCACAACAGCUCAGUCAUUGCUUCAGUCUCACUGAUUAUCUGACUAAGUUCACAGUGAGCUCAAAUGUUGUACCGUCCUCUAGUGAGGAGCGUUGCCGAGCAGGAACCCUCUGCAAUCUCCAACUUCAAAUCCAAUCCAUCCUCGACAACCAUCGACCAAUCACAGACCAGACUGAUCUGUCACUCAUGUACCAGGUGGUUGCUGAUAAACAUAUGUGGGCUGUAUGUGGAAGGAGCACAGGGGUCGUUACCAUGCCAACAGGUCAAGAGGUUGUGGAUGUUUCACUUGAAGUCAUGCCCUUGUUGGCUGGCUUCCUGCCAGUGCCAAAGGUCAAGUUGAGCAAAUACAUCACCAACUCAUCAGACGAAACAACAGGACCCCAGCCUGUCACGCAAGUUGUCGUUAGUCCACCAAGAGGGGGCAGUAUACCAGAUGCUUCCAGCAUGAAUGAAACUGACAGUCCGUCAGUCGUCCCAAGUGUUAGUCCGUUGGAUGCGCAUCAUAACGUGACCAAUGAUAAGACAAGUUGUGCAUCACUUCUUCACUUUGCUGCCGGCCAAGUCUACUAUCGGAGUUUAGCUACACAGGUCCAUGUUCUGCCUGAGUCUGAUAUUAGUAUAUUAGAUGUGGCUGUUCAGUGAGGGAACAGUGAAGCGCAGACUACCAGUCGAUUAUCACUAAACCUACUGCUCAUAUGAUCUUGCCCAUUAUAUAUAGCUACUAUACACGUUAACUUAAUCAUGCUUAGCAAAAUUAGGCUACCAGCCGAGAUGUCCUGGAAUUCAUGCGGUUUCUGAUGGAUCCCUGCAAAAAUACAACUUGUAUUACCUAGUAAUUUGAUUGGUGAAACACGGGUCAUGUGUCAUCCAUGAUAUGCUCCCGAUUUUAUCUCAGAACAAUAAGUUUACUCUCAUUCAAGGAAUCUUUGAUCCAGUUCCAUGAUUCUCUCCUCAAUGAACCCAAGUCUCGACACUCAUGGGGUGACAGGACUUUUUCUUCAGCUGCACCGUAUAUCUAGAACUCUCUACCACUUAGUCUUAGAUCUUGUCUUUGUACCACAAAGUUCAAAUCUCUUCAAAUAAUAUGUGCGAGUUAAUAAAACAAAUAUUAGAUGCCUUUUGUUUGUGCGUUUAGUCGCAGAAUAUACUCACUCAGUGAAAAUGGAACAAUCCAGGGUUCACCUUGUGAUUAUAUUCUACAACUAUGCACUCACAUGCAGUCACCGUUUGUAUAAAUGUUAUACAAUUUUGCCAAUUACAAGAAUUCAUAAAAGAAAUUUACUUUUUGACUUGGGGGGGGGGGGGGAAGGGCCAAGAAAUCUGUAAGGGACAAUCCAGAAUUGGAAUAUACAAUCUGGAAAACAAUCCUGUCGGUAAUUCUUCUCAGAUUCAAAUUUUUUUGGGGAUCAAAACUUAUAUUUGAUCAUAACCACAUUACUUCAAGUAAACUGAUUCUGAAAAUGCUCUAUACUAUUGAUAGCUGCUGCUCUAUACUAUUGAUAGCUGCUGCUCUAUACUAUUGAUAGCUGCUGCUCUAUACUAUUGAUAGCUGCUGCUCUAUACUAGUGAUAGCUGCUGCUCUAUACUAUUGAUAGCUGCUGCUCUAUACUAUUGAUAGCUGCUGCUCUAUACUAUUGAUAGCUGCUGCUCUAUACUAUUGAUAGCUGCUGCUCUAUACUAUUGAUAGCUGCUGCUCUAUACUAUUGAUAGCUGCUGCUCUAUACUAUUGAUAGCUGCUGCUCUAUACUAUUGAUAGCUGCUGCUCUAUACUAUUGAUAGCUGCUGUACUUCUAACUUAGUCAGUUUGAUUGCCAAUCAUUUUAAGGGUGAUUACCAAACGCAUAAACCUUCCUUUAAGAAUUGGUGUCCCCAUAGAAAUAUUUAUAAUUUAUUACCAUUUAUACUGUUUACCUUUAGAGCUUGCAUUAUGAUUGUUCAAAACCAAUGUAAGCACUUUUGUGUGAACCAAUGCUCAAUUGAUCAUUGAAGUAUAUGCAUGUCCUGAGCAAAUAUCUUGUUUGUUCCGUGUCACUUUCAUGAGCUUGUCCAAAAAUGAACUGGCCAUACACUGCCAUUUUUAUGGUCCGCACAACAACUUCAGUGUGCAUACCGUAUUUAUGUCACUGACCAACCACAAGUUAACCAUUGGUCAUUGCAGGUACGGUUGUACAUGCUCCAAACUGCUGUGUACAACUGUUCUACUUUCACAUUUACAGUGAAUGAUUAAUGGUUGAUCUUUUUUCAAAACCUUGGCUUCAAGCUCCUCACCUCUUUGAAGAAGAGUAUGAAAAUUGGUUUCAAAAUAACCUACACAGCCAACCCAGGCCAUAGUUUUCAAAAGGUUCCGAGUAGACUGGUGCUAAAGUCUAGGGCUAAUUUCAUAGCACUGCUUAGUGUGCUUAAUACUGUUGCAUAGAACUUUGCUGAUGCGUAAUUGUAUUUCACAGAUUAGCAUGAACAUUUUGCAUCCAGCAUGUGUGUUCACCAUGGAUUUGCAUUGCUGUGUCAGUCAUUUUCAUAUACUUUGUGCCAAUAAACCCAUUUUAUCAGCAGUCUUCAUUCUUUAUUCAUCAAUACCUCAGACAGUUUCGCUAUUCCUAUUGGUGGAGAGCGCGUCACGUGGGUGUGUAUAAACCUUUGUUUAUAACCAGUAAAAAGUGUUGAAACAUGGGCGUGACAUGCGAGCUUGCACCUGUUUCUUCAUACUAUUGGUCAAGAGUAACGGCCGGGACAGUUGUGCCACAUCACGCGUGACGCGCACAGCAUUCCCUUAUAAGGAGUUGUUUACCCGAGGUCG